GAGAGAGAGAGAGAGGUGUAGGGAGAGUCACACACCGUCAGACACCUGUCAGAGCAGGUGGAGACUGAGUAUCUGAACCUGGAGGUUUCAGUGGAGGGCUCGUCUUUCAUUUCUGGGACUUUUUUCUAAACAGACUUUGUAUUUUGAUGUUUCUUGUGAUAUUUGUGUUUUGGAUGUAACUGGACUUCCCUGAGGCCGAUGUCUCCAGGAUCCUCAAACCAUUAGGGCAUUUCAUGAGGAGUGAAAACUGUUCCAGGAGGAACAUUUCCAUGUGAGACUGUACCACAGCCUGAAGGAGUUUCUGAGACACCCAACUUCAGACAAGCUGCGUGAUCAUGGCGGAUUUCCCGUCCAAAGUCUCCACGGAGACCAGUUCCCCCAACUCCCAGAACUCUCAGCAGGGGGGCAACAGCCUCCGAGGCCUGGCCGCUAACGUCACCACCAAGAUGGACAUGGUCUUUAUCCGAAGCAUCCCAGCCAUGCUCAUGAUCGCUGAAAUAGUUAUGGGGCUGCUCCAGUGGGCGUUGAUAGCCGCCACCAACUACACGUAUGUGCCAGCGUACGGUUGGGUGAUGUUUGUGGCCGUCACUCUGUGGAUCCUCACCACCAUCCUCUUCUUCAUGCUGCUGUUUGGUGCCCAGCGGAAACUCAGCGCCGUCCCCUGGCCCCUGACGGUGAUGGUGUAUAACGGCGUCGCCACCGUGCUCUAUCUCUCCGCCUUCCUGGCCAAUGCAGCAACUGUCAACAAUUUCUACUAUUUCUAUGGACAUAUUGCAGCCGCCGCUUUCUUCGGUGCUGUGGUGACCCUGGCGUACGCCGCAAGUGCUUUCUUCUCCUACUUGGACUGGAAGGAUGACGGAGGAAACGCUGCCAGCAGCACGGUGCCGACCUAGGACUCAAACCUGCGACGCCGCUCCUGGGAAAAAAGACUCCAUCGUGUUUUCUUUCCCCUCAGAUACUCUGGAUGUUUGGCAAGUCCAGUGUUGAUACUGGACCUUCAACACACCGUCACUCGACUGCCACUGUAGACAGAGCUGGACCUCAUCCCAUUCAUUAUAAACUCAAAGAUAAAACCCAAACCAGACAGGGGAUGGCCAUACAUUCAUUUUCAGAUUUCUGCCUCCACAUUAUGAGAACAGGUUGAAUAUCAACACUGGAUUUCCAACAUUAACUGUGGAUAAUGAUGAUGUAGAGUUCGGCUCAGUAAUUCAAAGACAACAAAGUACUUAAAUUUGAAACAGGUGGAUUUGGCAAAACAUUCUGUUGUAAGAAAAUGGGGACAAAUGUUGUGAUUAUAAACUUUGUAUAAUAACUUUUAUUUUUGCGUUCCAUGUGUAAAAGGGGAAGAAAACAUGACGUGUGCUUGAAUAGCUGCUGACAGUGAUGGAGGAAGUACUCAAACAUACUUACUUUUGAAUGUACUAAAAGGGACAGGGUAAAAGUACCGCAUUAACUUUUCUACUUUUUCUACGUCUCUCCUUGAGUAAAAGUAAGUACUUGCUUUGAAACAUAAAGUAUUGAAAGUACUUUUUAGGUGAAGCGUAUUCCCUAAUGCAACACUCGUCAACGUCAUUAUCCAAAGCGUGGUUAGUUCUCACUGCAGGAGGCGGGGUCUAAUCUUAUCUGCACAAUGAUUGGAUCAGUUGACGAAUCCCCCUUUAAUUAUUGAUUAUUUAAAAAGACGAUAUUUUCGGUUGGUGGGGUUAAAGUUGGUUAACAAUAGCUGAAAAUAAUGUCUCAGUCAAUUACAGAUACAUGAAGAAGGUACUUGUACACUGACAAAGUAAAUUCGCCAGAGACAUAAAAGUCCGAUUUUCACCAUGAAAUAGAAAUAGUUUGAGCGGAAGGAAAAUUAUCCAAUGACCCUGGUUACAAGAACUUCAGCCACAAACUAUAAGUUUACACAUUUCCCCGUGUGCACUCCAAAGAAGUGUUCUUAUCCAUCAAGAAGAAACAUGAAGCAAUGUCAACAUUGAAAGUGUAUUUUCUACCUUCUUGUUUACAGAGGAUGUUGAUCUCAUAAAGUGAAAGGACAGUGGAGGCUGAUUAAUGAAGAGGUUAGUUAUCGAAAUCUAUUUUCAUUUCCUCCAGUGAAGCUGCAGACUAUAGAUAUCUGCUCUGAUAGAAACUUAUCAAAUCCACACAACUCUCAACUCUGCUGAAACGAAUGUGUGUAAUGUUGUAGAUUGAACAUAAUGACCAAACGUUUUGUGAAGACGAUAUAAAUAAGUACAGUGAUUCAAAUAUUAUUCCACUGGUGAUUUGCUGAGUUGUGGAAAUAUAAUGCAGCAUAUUUUCCUGAUUUAAAUCACACACUUCUCGACUCCGGUUGUACUGUACUUUUUGACUUAUGUUGUGUUUUUUGUAUGAAGGAUACGAGUGAAACUCGGAGGUUGGUGCAGGGACUCGACCUUGCACCUGCUCUAAUAAAGGUCUUGGUGAUUUCA